AUGGUAGACCAACCAACGAAAUCCCUUUUGGAGUACGGUAUUCCUGAUACGACUACCGGAAUCCUUUCUAGCAUCGUAAGACCACCUGUGACGGCUCAGCACUUCGAGCUCAAGCCGCAAUUCAUCCAGUUCAUCUCCAAUGAUUCAUUCGCAGGGCUACCAUAUGAUUGCCCAGUAAGUCAUAUUGAUAGCUUUUUUGAGAAAUGUGAUACCAUGAAGAUGAAUGGUGUUACAGACGAUGCUCUUAGACUUCGCCUUUUUCCUUUUUCAUUACGGGAUAGGGCAAAGGAAUGGCUGAGAGAUGAAGGUUCUGGCUCAUUUGACACAUGGGACAAAUUGGUGAAGGCUUUCCUAGUUAAGUUCUUGGGACAGGAAAAGACUGCAAGGUUGAGAAACGAGUUAUCCACUUUCAGGAAGUCAGAUGAUGAGUCCCUAUAUGACGCAUGGAGGAGAUUCAAGCGUUUGCAGAGACAAUGCCCUCACCAUGGUAUUCCUGAAUGGAUGUUGAUCCAAACUUUCUACAACGGUCUAACUCAUGAGUUCCGAAUCUACAUUGAUGCUGCAUCUGGGGGCUCUCUCUUGACAAAGAACCCCACUGAAGCAAAGGAGCUUAUAGAGAAGAUGGCAGCCAACAAUAAUUAUCAUCUAGGAGGCCGAAACACUGUGAAAAAGGGAGGUAAACUUGAUGUUGAUGCCUUAACUAUGCUAACCAGUUUUGUGCAGGCACUAACAAGCAGGUUUGAUAAGUUCCAAGCUGGAACCUCUACUAGCCCACAGGAGUUGUGUCAAUUGUGUAAUGUGCAGGGUCAUAUUACACCAGAUUGCCCGCAGAUUUCGCAGAACACAGAGGAGAUGUCAAUCGAGCAGGCCAAUGCUUUCUACUCCUCUAACCCCAAAAGGCCCUAUGACCCCUAUUCCAACACCUAUAAUGAAGGAUGGAAACACCAUCCUAACUUUUAA